AUGACUAUUGGGACGCCAAAACAAGAACUGUCUGCUGCCCAGCAACAUGGCUUUUGUCCUUUCGGGAGCUCCCAUAGACCUUCCCAGAUGCCUGAGAUUCGUGUCUUUAUUCCUAGGGGUUUUACUUUUGUAACAUUUGAUGACCAUGAUUCUGUAGACAAGAUUGUCAUUCAAAAAUACCAUACUGUGAAUGGCCACAACUGUGAAGUAAGGAAAGUGCUCUCUAAGCAAGAGAUGGCUGGUGCUUCAUCCAACCAAAGAGGUCGAAAUGGUUCUGGAAACUUCGGUGGUGGUCGUGGAGGUGGUUUUGGUGGGAAUGACAACUUUGGUCGCGGAGGACACUUCAGUGGUCGAGGUGGCUUUGGUGGCAGUCGAGGUGGUGGUGGAUAUGGUGGCAGUGGGGAUGGCUCUAACGGAUUUGGUAAUGAUGGAAGCAACUUUGGAGGUGGCGGAAGCUAUAAUGAUUUUGGCAAUUACAACAAUCAAUCCUCAAAUUUUGGACCCAUGAAUGGAGGCAAUUUUGGAGGCAGAAGCUCUGGCCCUAGACUGAGCAAUUUUGGCAGGCAGGCCGCUGGGGUCUCGAGUCUCUGCAUCUGGUGCGCCGCCGCCCGCGGGAGCCGGCAGAUCCUGGUCUCGUGGCUUAGAGCGACUGGGUCAGUCGAAUCAAAACCGAGGAGGGGAGGAAGCCAGUGA